AUGAUCGCGACCUCGACCGUGUCGAAGGCCGCCCGCCAGCUGCCUCUCGUCCGGGCGCCUUCGACCCUCGUCCGCACGAUCCCGUCCCAGAUGCUGGUCGCGAGGAGAGGCUACGCCACGCCGGCCGGCCCGCCGCCCAAGAACUUCCGUCUCAGGCCGCCUACCGAAUGGGAUCAGGAGAAGGAGAGCACGGUGGACAAGGUUGGGAAGUACUUCCUCAUGACCGAGAUGCUGCGGGGCAUGUACGUGCUUCUAGAGCAGUUUUUCCGACCACCAUACACGAUCUAUUAUCCCUUUGAGAAGGGCCCCAUCUCUCCCCGGUUCCGCGGAGAGCACGCUCUGCGCCGGUACCCGUCAGGUGAGGAGAGGUGCAUUGCCUGCAAGCUGUGCGAGGCCGUCUGCCCCGCGCAGGCCAUCACGAUCGAGGCGGAGGAGCGUGCCGACGGCUCAAGGAGGACGACUCGCUACGACAUUGACAUGACCAAGUGCAUUUACUGCGGCUUCUGCCAGGAGUCAUGUCCUGUUGAUGCCAUCGUCGAGUCGCCCAACGCCGAGUAUGCCACCGAGACGCGCGAGGAGCUUCUCUACAACAAGGAAAAAUUGUUGGCCAACGGAGACAAGUGGGAGCCGGAGCUUGCUGCUGUCAUCAGGGCGGAUGCUCCGUACAGAUAA